AGGCGCCGGAGGGCGUGUGCGUGUCGGGCCCGGCUGACCACGGUCCCUCCACCUGCGCCCUAGCAGGGCUCUUCUCGCCGCCCCUCGCCGCCUCUCCUCUCCCCUCCUUUCCGGCUCUUGUCCCCACACCCUAGAAGAGCCCGGGAAGGGGUGGAGAGAACCCUCCAGCGUGACGCCUCCAGUGCCCCCGGCUCCUCCCGAGUCUGCCCGCCCCGAGGGGCGUGGGGAGGAGGCGGGGCUGCGGACUUCGGACUCCAGCCCACACACCGCCUCCUGCCUGGAGUCCCAGCCCGCAGCCUGGUCGGUAGCUGAGGGAGCCAUGUCGGCGUUGCUGGGGCUUAGGCCCGAGAUGCAGGACACCUGCACCUCGCUGGGACUGAUGUUGUCGGUGGUGCUGUUCAUGGGGCUGGCCCGCGUGAUCGCCCGGCAGCAGCUGCACAGGCCCAUGGCCCACGCCUUCGUCUUGGAGUUCCUAGCCACCUUCCAGCUCUGCUGCUGCACCCACGAGCUGCAGUUGCUGAGCGAGCAGGACCCCGUGCGCCCCACCUGGACGCUGACGCUAAUCUACUUCUUCUCGUUGGUGCAUGGCCUGACUCUGCUGGGCACCUCCAGCAACCCGUGCGGCGUGAUAAUGCAGAUGAUGCUGGGGGACAUGUCCCCCGAGAUGGGUGCGAUGAGGCUAUUGGCUCAGCUGGUUAGUGCUCUAUGCAGCAGGUACUGCGUAGGCGCCCUGUGGAGCUUGAAUCUGACCAAGUAUCACGUCCGUGAAAGGAGCUUCGCUUGCAAGAAUCCCAUCCAAGUGGACUUGCCCAAAGCAGUCAUCACAGAAGCCAUCUGCUCCUUUAUCUUCCACAGCGCUUUGCUGCACUUCCAGGAGGUCCGAACCAAGCUUCGUAUCCACCUGCUGGCUGCACUCAUCACCUUUUUGGUCUAUGCAGGAGGAAGUCUAACAGGAGCUGUAUUUAAUCCAGCAUUGGCACUUUCACUACAUUUCAUGUGUUUUGAUGAAGCAUUCUCUCAAUUUUUUAUAGUAUAUUGGCUGGCUCCCUCUUCAGGUGUAUUGUUGAUGAUUUUGAUGUUCAGCUUUUUCCUUCCAUGGCUGCAUAACAAUCAUACAAUUAAUAAAAAGGAAUAAUUCCAAAAGACUCAGACUAGGUUACAUGAUAGUCAAGAUGGAUGUGAUAAAGAUUUUAUCACCUCAUAUUCAAAACGCUGCACUGGAUUAUAAUGUUAACUUCCUUUGAGGAAGCUGCCUUAUAGUUUUCAUCACUGAGACUUAAAAAAAAAAAUACUGUGAAAAUGACGUAUCCUGUAUUUCUCAGUUAAGACUUGUUCUUUUUUUUUUCCAGUUUUUUAAAAUUACAAUGUAUUAGGUACUUGCUUUGUGCCAGUCAUAUAUAUAUAUUUGUAAUUUUUUCUCAACUUUCAAAACAAUAGAAUCAUUUGGGAAGCUUUUAAAAUAUACCAGCCUGGGACCAAUGAAAACCAAAUCUCUAGGGGCAGACUUGUUCUUUUGAGUGAUAUGUUAAAUGCUGCUAGAGAAGACUCAUUAAACAUAAAUCUCAAGUGAUAAUUGUUAACUUUCAUGAAAAACAAAUGAGUACAAGAGAAGGGAAGGGAAGGUGAUGGGAGAACCAAAGAACUUGUGUAUCAAGUGUCACCUGAAUGAACAGCAUUUUUAACUAGAGUACAACCAGUCAAGCUUACAGAACUCUGCAGAGGAUACUUUUCAGGCACUAUACACAAUACCACCAGCAGUGUCAUCUUUCAAUAGGAAAGUUGCUUUUGGAAGUAGAUUAUAUAUCCACUCAUAGUGAAGGGGUUUCCUAAAUUUUAAAUAUUUUAUCAUCAUUAUCUAAAAUAUUUUCUCUAAACAGACAAGCUCAGGCUAGCUUCAGGCAAGUUAUCUAUUAUAGACUAUUAAAACAAAGCACCCACAGUCAAUAUUUAGGCUUUUCACAUUCUCAUUUGAUUCUAACAGCUACCUUGCAAAGAAGGUAGCGCAUGUAUUUUUAAUCUCUAUUUUACAGAUAAAGAAACUAAGUCUAGAGGGGAUUGCUGCCCUGCUUUAGGUCACAAAGAGCUAAAUACCAUCUUUAAAUUUUUACGUCAGUCCAAAAACUCUUCUUGGUUAUGACUAUUACUAAAGGGAAUUGAAGGUUCUGAAGAAACAUUAAAUACUUUAUAAUAAAAUUUGUUUAGGAAUCAACUAGUAUUUUCUGAGGUUUAAAGAACCUUCAUAUUGGCUCAGCACCCGUAGCAUUGUGGUUAAGGCGCCAGCCACAUGCACCAAGGUUGGUGGGUUCGAGCCCAGCCCAAGCCAACCAAACAACAACAACUGCAACAAGAAAAUAGCUGGGUUUUGUGGCGGGCUCCUGUAGUCCCAGCUACCUGGGAGGCUGACACAAGAGAAUCACUUAAGCCCAAGAGUUGGAGGUUGCUGUGAGCUGUGACGCCACAGCACUCUUCUGAGGGUGACAUAGUGAGAUUCUGUCUCAUAAAAAAAAAAAAAAGAACCUUCACAUUUUACUCUAUUAGAAGCUUUCUUUUAUUGUGUAAGGUUCUAAUUUUUACUAACAGUUCAGGCAAAAGGCCCAGCAUAAUCCUAGCACUCUGGAAGGCUGAGGCGAGUGGAUUUCUUGAGCUUUUGAAUUCGAGAUCACCCUGAGCAAGACCCUGUCUCUAAUAAAAAUAAAAAAAACUGAGGCAAGAGGAUUGCUUAAGCCCAAGAUUAGGAGGUUGCUGUAAGCUAGCUAUGACACCAAGGCACUUUACCCAGGAUGACAGCUUGAGACUCUGUCUCAAAAAAAAAAAAAAAAAAAAAAGAGUUCAGGCAAUAAAGCUCAGGCUCUGUAGUCCCAGCACUUUGAGUGGCUCAAGUGAGAUGAUUAGUUGAGGCCAAAGGUUCAAGACAGCCUAGGUAACACAGUAAGACCUCAUUUCAAAAAAAAAAAGAAAUAUUAACUGACUAUCAUAUUUUGUGCCUAUAGACCCAGGUACCGGAGAAGCUGAGGCAGGAAGAUCACAUAAGCCCAGGAGUUUGAGGCUGCAGUGAGCCAUGAUGAUUGUACCACUACAUUCCACCCUAAUCAAACCCAUUUCUUUCUUUCUUUUUUUUUGAGACAGAGUCUCACUAUAUUGCCAUGGGGAGAGUGCUGUGACAUCACAGCUCACAGCAACCUCCAACUCUUGGGCUUAAGCCAUUCUCUUGGCUUAGCCUCCCAAGUAGCUGGGACUACAGGUGCCCGCCACAACACCCGGCUAUUUUUUUAUUGCAGUUAUCAUUGUUGUCCAGUUGGCCCAGGCUGAGUUCGAACCCACCAGCCUCGAUGCAUAUGUCCAGUGCCAUAACCACUGUGCUACCGUCACCAAGCCCCAGCCCAAGCCUAUUUCUUUAAAAAAAAAAAAGUUCAGGUCAUAAAAGCUUAAGUGUGUUUCUCUUCAAAAGAAAUUCCAUUAUCAUGGUUACAAUUCACUGUAAAAAAAUAUGGGGUGAGAUAUAUCUCUCUCAGUAAUAAUCAGUUAACAAGCAAAUGAUAAGGUGCCAGGUAAUUUAAGUGCUGCCUGGUGAUCAGCUUGUAGAUAGUCCCUCUACUUACACCUACAGACCGAGCAGUGCAGCUUGUUGCCAAUUCUUCCAAGAAGGCAGCAGUUUGAUGAUCUUGGACUUUCUCUAACCUAAAAUGCCUACAUGCCACAGUAUUUUCUAUUUUAUUUUACUGUUUAUUUAUUUAUUUUUGGAGACAGAGUCUCGCUUUGUCACCCUGGGUAGACUGCUGUGGCAUCAUAGCUCACAGCAAACUCACUCUUUGGCUCAAGCAAUUCUCUUGCCUCAGCCUCCUAAGUAGCAGAGACCCACCACAACGUACAACUAUUUUUAGAGAUUAGCCCCGUCUCAAACUUGUGAGCUCAGGCAAUUCAUCUGCCUCGGCCUCCCAGAGUGCUGGGAAUACAGGCGCAAACCACUGCACCUAGCAUACUGGUUGGAAUUUUAAAAAGCAGAGUUCAGGGUGGCGCCUGUGACUCAAAGGAGUAGGGCGCCAGCCCCAUAUACUGGAGGUGGUGGGUUCAAACCCAGCCCUGGCCAAAAAACCCUGUAAAAAUAAAUAAAUAAAUAAAAAUAAAAAGCAGAGUUCAUAAAAGUAAUGGUUGUUGCCUUUUAAUCAGUCCCAUCUUUCACAUAUGAAGGUGAGUUUCACUUACUAUUUCGUGGCUGUUCUUCUUAACAGAAACAUUUUUACCCACAUCUCUAGCAUGAGGGCUUCUGUGGUUUAAAGAAAAUGAGUAUUUGUGAAAACACUGAGGCCUCUGAACUUCACCUGUCACACUUUUAAGUUUCUGACUUCUGAUAACACUGCUUCCCGUGUAGCCCUCUCAAGUGGUAGCUGUCUUCUCUCGCACAUCUUUUUUUUAAGAUUUAGGGUGUAAAAAAAAAAAAAAAGAUUUAAGGCUGCAGUAGACAGACGACUGUAGAUUUAAAUAUUUGGCAAGCCAGCAUCUAUGCAUCCUUUCUAUCUGGGGUAAUCUUUCUGUGAGAAUCUGCACAGAGGCAGUGCCCUUUUGCCAAAAAAAUCUACUCUGGCAACUAAGGCACACAAUGCCAACCGGAACUUUGAAUCUUAAGUGCGGUGACUUAAACACAUAGGGACAAUUAAGAAAUUUCUCCAAGGAUGGUCGCAGUGGCUCAUGGCUGUGAUCCCAGCACUUUGGGAGACUGAGGCAGUCUGAGCAAGAGUGAGACCCCAUCUCUACUAAAAAUUGAAAAACUAUGCAGGUGUAGUGGUGGGCACCUACAGUCUCAGCUACUUAGGAGGCUGAGGCAGGAGGACCAGUUGAAUCCAGGAGUUUAAGGUUACUAUAAGCUAAAAUGAUGCCACAGCACUCUACCUAGGGCAACUAUCUCAAAAGAAAUCAGUCUAAUACCAGAGGGGAAUCAAACAUCUUAUGUAAAUCAUUACUCAUUCCUGAUCUUGUGAUAAGCCUGGUUUAUUUCAACUUUUCUGUCCACUUUACAAGCCACUAAAGGUUUUUUGUUUUUGUUUUUUUUGUCUCAUUUUGUUGCCCUCAGUAGAGUGCCGUGGUGUCACAGUUCACAACAACCUCAAACUCUUGGUCUUAAGCAAUUCUCUGGCCUCAGCCUCCAAAGUAGCUGGGACUACAGGCGCCCACCGCAAUGCCUGGCUAUUUUUAGAGGCGAGGUCUCACUCUGUCUCAGGCUGGUCUUGAACUCAGGAGCUGAGGCAGUCUACCCACCUUGGCCUCCCAGAGUGCUGGGAAUGGCUUACAUAUUUGGAGGGGGAAAUGUGUAUGCCUUUAAGUUUCUCUAUAUCAAGAACAAAACAGCCAGGUGAGGUGGCUCACACCUAUAAUUUUUCUACUAAAAAUAGAAAAACUAGCUGUGGGUCAUGGCGGGUGCGUGUAGUCCCAGCUACUCAGGAGGCUGAGACAAGAGGAUUGCCACACCAAACAAUUCCAACAACCCUAAAAUUAAGCUCAAACACAAUCAAUAUUGGCUGGCUGAUCAUUAUAAAUUUUUUUCUGGAAUUUUUUUUUUUUCAGUUUGGCCGGGGCUAGGGCUUGAACCCGCCACCCUCGGCAUAUGGGGCCAGCGCCCUACGUGAAUUUCUGUUUUUAAGAGUCUGAUCUGAGGCACCGCCCAUAGCUCAGGGAUUAGGGUGCCAGCCACAUACAUUGAGGCUGGCGGGUUCAAACCCAGUCCAGCCCAGCUAAAAAAUCUUUUAAAAAAAAGGCUCGACACCUGUGGCUCAAGUGACUAAGGCACCAUCCACAUACACCUGAGCUGGUGGGUUCGAAUCCAGCCCAGGCCCGCCAAACAACAAUGACAGCUGCAACUAAAAAAAAUAGCCAGACACUGUGGUGGGUGCCUGUAGUCCCAGCUAUUUGGGAGGCCGAGGCAAAAGAAUCGAUUAAGCCCAGGAGUUGGAGGUUGCUGUGAGCUGUGAUGCAAAGGCACUCUUCUCAGGGCGACAGCUUGACGCUCUAUCUCAAAAAAAAAAGUCUGACCUGAUCUUUCUUCUCAGCUUCUCCUAUUUUCUCAAAGCUAUGAAUACAACUGUCUUGUAUUAUAGAUUGUUACAGUUGAAUCUUUGAAAGUGAUUUUAUCUAAUCUCAUUUGACAGAUGAGGAAAUAGGCUCUUAGAUGUUAAUUGUCUUGUCUGCCAACCCAGAACUGGAUGCUUGGUCUCCUACCUCUUUGUUUAUUGCAUUAUCCACAAAACCAGGCUGACCACAGCAAUACCAAUAGGAAACAAAGUGCACUGUGAAUCCCCUUGACAGUUUGUUAUCAGAGCACUUUACACUUCACUGAAAGUCACAAUUACAAAUUUGUUCCUUUCAAAAGGAAGGAAAAUGGAAUUUUUAAUAUUAGCCUAUAAGAAUAUUUAGCAUUGG